GUCAGUUUGGCCAGUGAUGUCACACCAGCAGUAAAAACACCCUCUCAGGCAGCUAUAAAAGAAAGCAGCAUGAACUCUUUGGAGGAAUCCUGUACAAAGAAGCUUCAGCAGCUCCUCAUCACACGUUGAGACUUAAAGCUCCAACAUGAUCUUGCUCCUCUUCUUGUUCGGUCUGGCUCUGGGUGCUCCUUCUGAGUCUCCUUCUGAUGACAAUAAAGUGAAGCUACAACUUGAUGACCACAGAGUUAAACUACUGCGUGGAAGUUGUCCCCCGUUCUGGUACAGCUUCAAUGGCCGCUGCUACAAAUAUGUGGCCACACACAUGACCUGGGCUGAAGCAGAGCUCUACUGUGUGUCACAGCGAGCCAACCUGGUGUCAAUCUACAGCGACCAGGAAGAGGAGUUUGUUAAAUCAUUAAUUAAGAACUUUGAUCAUGCUGAGGGACGCACCUGGAUUGGACUGAGUGACAUCCAUAAAGAAGGCAGAUGGAUGUGGUCUGAUGGUUGUGCAGUGAGUUUCGUCUACUGGCAUACAGGACAACCAGACAAUGCAGGAACAAUUGAACACUGUGUUCACACUAACUAUUCAAACUUAAAGAAGUGGAAUGAUUACUCUUGUUCUCUCAUUUUAGCUUCUGUUUGUGCAACACGAAUAACCUGCCCUUAGAAACUAAAAUGUAUAUUUUCCCUGCAUUGUACAGAAGCAAAUAGUUUUUGGCGCAUUAAUAAAUGUUUAAAACUGCUCUCAAUUAA